AUGCCGGGAACCAGAAUAGGUCUCAACCCGGUACGGAAUUACUACCAGAAACUUAGAUUAGAUGCAGCGGAGUUAAAGAAGUUACUGGAGUCAGCCGAAAGACAAAAAGUGAAAGAUAUUCUAACUGUAGAACUUCGGAAGCUAGAGACAGAGAUUUCUCUCAAACAAGAUGCAGUAAAAUCAAAUUCUGAUCCUGAGACUACAGGGCAGUCUUUGAAAUCAUCUACCACUCAAACACGAGUACCUACAGUCGAUGUAAAAAAUUAUGCUUGGGACCAAUCAGAGAAGUUUAUGAAGAUAUAUGCCACAGUACCAGGAGUUGAAUCUGUGCCAAAGGAACAGGUUACAUGUAAUUUCAGUAGCAGAUCAUUCAGUCUUCGAUGUAACAGUGUGAAUCAGAAAAACUACACAUGUGAGGUGACCACAUUGAUGGAAGAAAUACUACCCAAUGACAGUUAUAUCAAGGUAAAUAUACUUAAGUCAAUAGACAAGGACGCCGACCCAAAUGAUAGUAUGAUGUCGUUGAUGAAACAGAUGUACGAAGACGGGGACGAUGAAAUGAAGAGAACUAUUGCUAAGGCUUGGACCGAAUCGAGAGAGAAGAAGCCUGAUAUGGCUUUAUGAAAACGUGUAUAAACGUGAAAACGUGUAUAAACGUGAAAACGUGUAUAAAUGUGUAUAAACGUGAAAAUGUGUAAAAACUGUAUAUAGUAUAAUUGGAAUACAAACUCCUGAGGUGUCCAACAAAAACUGGUUAUUUUGUAUAUCAAUACAAUGAAAUUAUAUGCACUUACCAUAUACAAAAAAUAACUGACAUUACAUCUUAGUUUAUCACUAACUGAUUGUUUGUAUAAAACUAUACAAGAAGAUUGAUUGUAUAUACAAAUGUUCAUACAAAUUUGAGCAAUCAGUUUUUUUUUUAUUUCGGCCCCGUGUUCACAGAGAUUUCAGGAUCAAGAUCAGGAUCACAUAUAAAAACUCUAAUAUUCUUCAUUGUUUAUUUUCAGAUUAAAUAUCUUAUAUUAUUUGAUUAAAUUGGAAUUGCAAUAGCAAAGUUUAUAAAAUUUUAGAAUAAAUUUAUUGUUAUUUUUGCAAGAUGCUGGCAUUUUAAAGUUGAUCCAAAUAUUGAUCCUGAUCCUAAAAUUGAUCCUUAUUUUGAUUUGAAUAUUUUUGUAUUUGUUUUGUUAUUUGUUGAUUUUAUCCCAAAAUAUUUUGGUUUCUUUGGAAAUCAGCAUUUUUUUUACAUUUUGAAUAUUUAGCAUUUAAUUCUAGCAAAUCACGAUUAAUUUUAGCAAUGAUAAACAAUGAAAAUAAAAUCAGGAUCACUUGAUCCUGAUCAUGAUUUUGUCUUAGUGAACACGGCGCAAGUUUAUUGAAUUGAUAACUUAAAAUACCUUGGAUUUUACUGCAACUUUUGAACAGUUCCAGAAAUAUUUUAGAUUUUCAAAUUUAUAUAAAUAUCGUAACUAAAAAAAAAAAAUUUCAUAUUUAUAUGAUAUGGAGAUAGUUUUUGUGAAUCUUACAUAUUCCUAUUUCAUGUCAUUUUAUAAUGUACCUUGCAUUGAUAUCUCAAGCAUAUAGGAUUUUGCACAUUUUUCCUCAAGGAAUUUCUCUUUGUCUUGUAAACAGAUGUAAUAUUAUUUUGUUUUCGAACUUUUUUACUUGAUUUUGUAUACAUCAAAUUGUUUUUUGCAAUGAAGGGUGAACAAAUUUA